ACCAGUAACCUUGUCUGAUGUGAUCAUUAACCUUUUCAGGAAAAAGCAGCUGGCAGCCCUCUGAGGUCUGGCCAUAGGAUGUGGGGUGAGCCGGACAGAUACUGCUAUUUACAGACGAUUUCUUUACUUGAAGAGCUCUUGUUCACUUGCGUGUAAGAAAAAAGAAAAACAAAAGAAAAGAAAAAGAAGAAAAGAAAAAAGAGAAAGAAAAGAAAAGAUGCGAUUCCAGCCCCUUUUUUGGGUAUUUUUUAUUUUUGCCAUGAGUCUCCUUUUUAUCAGUGAACAGAAACCAGUUAAUUUUCCCAGGAGAAGAAAACUAUACAGACACAACUGCUUUCGCAGGAGAUGCAUUCCACUUCAUUCUCGAGUGCCCUUCCCAUGAGAAAACCUCUAAUUUCCUCGGCUCUACCAGAAGAAGGGUGAAAGCAAAGAUACCCAAUCACCGGGAAAACAACCUCAGGAUGGCAACAGGAUGGCAGCUCAGGAGUUACUACGCAACAGGGGCUGUUUCAAAGUACCUUGGAUGGCUUUUCAGACUGCUCUUCCGGGAUUCUCUUUGACAAGAAAAUGAUAGAAAGGGAAAACAGACGAGGUUAAAGCACACUCAUUUGUCUGAGUAACAAUCUCUCCUGCUGUUCUGCACACUCUUUGCGUAUAAUGAAGGAAUUACACAUAGUGGUGGGCUUCACAAAGGCAUUUACAUACAAGUACACCAUGUCCUAUGGCCGUCUUUCCACACAUGUGCAUCAUAUACACUGACUCUUUACAGGCACGCAUGUCAUGUACAGUGACUAUAUUUACACACACAUACCUUCCCCUUUCUCUCCCCUCACCCUCCUGCAGGUCCCUUUUAUUCACCUGGGCAGUUUUGUUUCUAUUUUAAUGGUUUGUACACAUGAAUGAUUUUAUUGCACAUUAUUAUUCUUACAUGGAUUAAAAAGAAAACUAAUAUA